GAUGAUGAAGCCCUGAGUAAGCGGUUCCAUAAAACCCGAGCUGGCCGUUUCCGCGCCGCAGUAGUAGGAGGGGGCAGAAUUCCGCGAUUCCGGGGCAAGCAGCGGCGUAUGAGGCUCGAGGGUCGGCUUUCUGCGUCCUGAUGGUGGUGACGGGCAAUGACGCGGGACAGGACGGGAUGGGAGGGGGCAGCAGAUGCAGUGACGCCCUGACGGGAACAUGAACCUGGCGGGGACGGCUGGUGACGCCACCGGAGACAUCUGCAGCGUAACGAAGCUAGGCUAUAAAAAUGUGGUUGGUGGUGCGUGCAUGCAGUGGCUGCCCGUUUUGGUGUGAGGGGGUGGUGAUCACAGGGCGCCACGCGCAAGGCCGAGAUCUGAUAAAAAGACUCGACACAAGGAUACAUAAAGAUACACUUGCUCCCCGACGACCCCCCAUGCUGUCCAUCUCACCCAAGCGUGCGGUGAUAGUCCUGGGUCUCGGCAUCGCGAUCGGCCUCAAGAGAUACUACGCCAACCCCAAGACCAUGGCGACGACUCUUGCGCCCGCCAUCGCCCUUUCCCACGGCGGAGGCCCCCUGCCCAUCCUCAACGACCCCGGCCACAAGGACAUCAUCUACUCCCUCAAGAACCGCGUGCCCAAGAUCCUCCGCCUCGGCAGCCCGCAGCAGCCCCGGGCCAUCGUCCUCGUCACCGCCCACUGGACCACCGACGCGCCCGCCGUCUCAUCGGGCAAGACGCACGAGCUGCUCUACGACUACUACGGCUUCCCGCCCGAGUCGUACGAGCUCAAGUACCCGGCCCCCGGCGAGCCCGACGUCGCCGCGCGCGUCGCCGAGGCCUUUGCCGCGCAGGGCCUCGAGCCGCAGCUCGACCCCAAGCGGCCCUGGGACCACGGCGUCUUCGUGCCCCUGAGCCUCGUCGCGCCCGCCGCCGACGUGCCCGUCGUGCAGGUCUCGGUGCUGCUCGACGAGGACCCGGACAAGCACCUGCGCAUGGGCGCCGCGCUGCGGGCCCUGCGCCGCGACAACAUUGCCGUCGUGGGGUCUGGGUUCGCCUCGUUCCACAACCUCGGCACCAUGCGCGCCCUCAGGUCCUGGCCGCAGGACAAGCGCGCCGCGUUCAAGAAGGACUCGGAUGAGUGGAACGACGCCGUGACGCGCGCGGUGGUGGCGCCCAAGGCCUCGGACCGCUGGGAUGGGAUCAAGCAGUGGAGGUCGUUUGUGCAUGCGGAUACGAUGCACCCGCGCGGCGGCGGCGAGCACUUCAUGCCCCUGAUUGUGUGCGUUGGCGCGGCUGAGGAGGGUGAGGAGACCAAGUUCUACAAGGACACAUACUCGGGCGUAGACAUUUACACAUAUUACUGGGGCGGCGAGGAGGUUCAGUGACCAGAGGGAAAGGCAUAGGAGUCGUUUCUUGAGAGACCUGGGCAUCAUGUGUGGCGCCGUUGCUCUUCGUUUAUAUGCAUCACCACGUAUACUGUACUUUAUGUGUAUGUUCAAUGUUGACAUCUCCAUGUCUCCUGGUCCA